AAAGCGGAGGAAGAGGCGUUUGGGCUAAAGAUCACCGAAGGCAUCCCCUCCUCACGCCUUCCACCCCCCCCGACCCGGAAGGCUGUGAGAGGGAAGACCACCCCCGCCGCCUCCUAGAAGGGUUGACCUUCCCUCCCUUUGCUGGGGGGGGGCAUCGCUGGGUGUCACGCACGGGUGGGUGGGUGACAGCUCAGCACCCUUUGCUAAGCCCGGCAAUAUUUCCACCUGCCUUCGCCGCUGCGCUGCCUGGCGCCGGCCCCCGCGGGACCGAUUCUUCCCAGCCAAACCGGGAAGCGGUCCUGCCGCGACGGCCCGGCAUCCCGCACCCCGGCGCGGAGCUGCCUCCAGGAGGUUUUUCAGACUGUAUUGACUCACUUAUCGAGAGAGCUUGCUCUCUGUUUCAGUGAUGAAUGAGGUUCAGAAGAGUUAAAAGUAGAAGUCGUAACUCUCUGGAGUUUGGAAGACUACCUCUGCAUCUGCUUUCCACCUGGCAAGAUUUGCAUAUGAUUUAUGGGAUGGUGGCAUACUUGUAAAGAACUGUGGAGAACGGUAAGAGGGAGAGAGCAGCUCUACAGUUUGAUGUCAUUUUGGAAUAUUGCUGGAAGUGCAGUAGCCCCCUGCUUCCGGCCUCUUUAGAUCACGGGAAGUUUCUGACUGUAAAUCUCAGGGAGGUGUCUUACAGCGGCUUUUAGAACAAGCAAGAACAGUUUGGUUUCAUUUUUCUGGAGAAGAAGUGAGAAGUUACUCAAGAAAAUUACUAUGAUGAUAUUUUUUUUCAUGUUUAUCAUUGAAGCUGCCACUGAGAAGCUGUGUCCCCUUCGUGCCUCCAUUGAUGUGCUAGAAGGGGAAUAUUUUUUCCUUUGUUAUCUUGAGUCAAGGCAAGAACAUUUUCAGGAAGAAGCAUACACGAUAAGCUGGUACAAAGGAAAUGCUGGAAAGCAGCAACUGAUAAAGGAAACACAUGGAAUUGUUUCCCAAAUGAAUUCUCUGGAGUUUUGGCCAGCUAAGCUCAGUGACUCUGGGAAUUACUCUGUCACUCACAGCAAUGGAAAACAAAAUUUCACAAUUCAAAAGUGGACCUUGAAUGUGCUUGAAAGAAAUAAAAGCAGCUGUUUCAACAAAAAUCAUUUAACUACAGAAAUUAAAAAUGCUGGAACUGGUCAUUCACUGAAAUGCAGUGAUUUGUCUGUCAAUGAAAAUGACAGCAUAACAUGGUACAAGGACUGUAAGAACUUUGAAAAUGAAACAGAACGGGAACUGGAUUUUAAAACCUUAACAGUCCAGCACUCUGGGAUAUAUACCUGUAAAAUUUUAAUCAAUCAUGAAGGAAAGACAUAUCACAGCACAAAUACAAUUAAACUGGUAGUAGAAGAAGAUGCACCAGAGGCUGUAACUUUGGAGAUAGUUGGACAAGAUGAAGAAAUUGAAACGGAAAUAGGUAAAGAAGAGAUACUCAAUUGCACAGGUUUCUUGGGUUAUUAUAUGCGAGAAGAUGCCAGCCUCUACUGGUUAAUUAAUCAAACGUUUCCAGAAAAAUGUGCAGGUCUCCCCGAGAAUGGACCUUCAAUAUGUGAAGAAGAGUUCAAAAAAUUACAGUUGGGAAACAAGUUCUAUGUCACAAGGCUACUACGGAUUAAAAAAGUAACAGAGGAGGACAUGCAUCAUAAUUUCACCUGCAUGUUGCAAACUGAUGAAAGAACACAAAUAAAAAUAGUGAAAUUGAAGAAAGGGAACACCCAAGAUCUGCCUGUCCACAUAUUUACAACUGGAAUGGUCCUUGCUGUACUAUUUCCAUGUGUUGCUGUAGCUGUGGUGAUUGUCUCUGUGAUGUUUAGAGUUGACUUAGUUCUAUUUUACAGGAACGUAUGCAGAAGAGAUGACACUGUUGGAGAUGGAAAAGAAUAUGAUGCCUUUGUGUCUUACCUGAAAGAUUGUGUUUCUCCUACUGAAGAAGAGAGAGAAUUUGCUUUGAAUAUAUUACCCAUGAUAUUAGAAGAAAACUUUGGCUACAAGUUAUGUAUAUUUGAGAGGGAUGUAUCCCCUGGAGGAGCGGUUGUUGAUGAUAUUCAUUCAUUCAUUGACAAAAGUCGACGAUUAAUCAUUAUACUGAGCCAGAACUACAUUUCUGACAGAGCCGUAUACGAACUUGAGAGUGGACUACAUAAAGCCCUAGUUGAAAGGAAAACUAAAAUCAUAUUGAUUGAAUAUAUGCCUAUAAGUAACUACAAUUUCUUGCCAGAAUCACUGUCUCUUUUACCAUCAAAGAGGGUUGUGAAGUGGAAAAAGGAUAAAUCUCUUCCUGUGAAUUCCAGAUUUUGGAAGAACCUUCGGUACCUGAUGCCAGCAAAACCUACCAAGAUAAACACCAAAGGACACUAUAAUAAUCUUGACCUAGGCUUAGAAGGGGCUCAACCACGGACUGAAGUCUGUGGCUUUAAUGCAGUUGUGUAACAAUUCUGGAGACAGAAGCAAACUACUAGACUUGCUAACUACUAGAAAACACAAACUGCACACUUGUUUUGGGAAGACAGUGUUCAUAAGAAGCCAAGUCUGAGGUCUGUGAAGAAUGUAGAAAUUGUUACAGGGGCUAGGACGAUGUUAACCCCAAUGCGAAAUACUAUCUCAGAGAGUUUCCUCAGUGAUCUGCACAAGGAGCAGAAAUUUGAUUCUGCUUAGGACUUACCACAAGACACAAAGCACAAUGUAAAAAAUUUUGAUUUCACAUUUUCCAGUAAUGUAGAGUGAUAUUAGUUAUACUUGCAUACUUUUUGAGGCCCCUCAAUAAAUAUAUCAGUAUUUGCAAAGUAUUAUUAUUAAGACACUCUUGGGUUUGUAUUUUGGUAUUUCCUAAGGAUCCUGCUUGGGAGUAGACCCAAAAGGCUCCUGCCCUAGAGAACUUGGCAUGCAGGCUUUGGGCAAUGUCAAGCAGAAAAAUCAAGUGAAAACAGAGAAGAAGGGAGUAGGGCAACAGAGAAAGAGUUGGGCAGAUUUGGUCGGGCUAACAGUAUUCACUGCUGACCUCUAUGUGGUCUAGACAAGCCAAGUGGGAGUGAUUUGGAGGAAUGAUAAAGACUGUUUCCAUUCUCUUAUUACACUGACAAUAGUGUAAAUGCUUAUUUUUGGAGUGAGAAGAGGUGGAUGGGAUAGAGAUAAUAGUGUUUUGUUUGUGGACCCUGAGCUGCCUUCACUGAGGGAUGUAGGGGAUUUAUGUGAAAAUGAGAUCUUCAGUAUGUACAUGUACUCCUAAACCUUUGGAACAUUUGUACUUAGCACUAUUUUUUAAAACAAACUUAGUAAUGCCUUUCAAAACCAUGGUAAUCCUCCCUUAUUAUUAGCUGUCUGUCAGAAGAUACCAAUCUGACAUAAACUCCUAGAUAAAAUGGAGCCGUAUUUCCUCCUAGUACUAAUGAGGAGAAAUCAAUGGAGAAUCAUUUUGGAAGAUCUGUCAGUUUGCUGGGAAACCAUCAAGGCUUAGCCCACUCUCAUCAUUGUCUUGCAUUCAACUAAUGCUAGUUAUGAGGAGACAUCUCUUUGACACUGACACUUAAUUCAUGCACCUGUAGUGGAGGAUCUCCAUUACCUUCUCAGUGAACUUGAGGACACAAUUGGAGUGCUAGGUGCCAUGGCAAUGUCUCAAGAUUCAUGAGAAUGAAAUACCUUGUUGUUCAUCAAAUAUCCUGCAAUCAAGCAUAACAGAAUGAAGACAACACGGUUGCCAGGUUAACACGCAGAUGAAAAAGUACAAAGAAAUAAGGCACACGUGUGGUGUCCUUCAGAUCAGCUCCAGGACAUCUGCCUCUUUCUAUUAGGCAACUAAAGAGCCAUUGAAAUGCGAUCCUUAGGCAAAAGCCAUUUUCUGGCUUAAGCUUUUACUGAAGAGGAUUUAUGCUCUGUAUAUAUGCAUGUCUUUAUAUUUCCAAAUCCUUCUCAAGGUUCAGUUCUUCUCUACCAGAGUUUCCUGUGAUUUGUAAUCACAGAUCAGUUUUAACAUUCUCCUCCAGUGCUAAUGAUUGCCCCUACUUCAGAAAUGCCAUCUGACAUACUGGGCACAUCCACUUCUUGGUGAAACAGCUGACAGAAAAGUUAGUAACUUUCCUGAUACUUAACUGAGGGGUUAAACUUCUUAGCCACAUAAUUUUUUCAUAUGCUGUUGUCAAUGUAUUAGCUAACACCAUAAAAUGUCAAAUGUAUUAUACUACACAUAUGAAUAAAGACAGUGCACAUGGUUUUUUAAAAGCUCUGGACUGAGCCUACCCUCUAUGAGAAUCAGCUACUAUAAAUUGAGAUUGGAUUUGCCACGAACCUCAGCUUGGAGAAAUGCUGUGACUGCACUCAUGAAGCUGUACCCUGAAGACUGUGAAACCAUACAGAAUUUGACCACACUUGAGGUUUUACAGAAUACCAGAGGACUUCACAUGAGGAAGGUUGAAAGCUAAAUGGCAUUAACUCCAAAGUUGUUCGAAUGCCAGCAAAACAGACAUUCAGAUGUAGUUCAAUGAGCUACUCAAUAUCUGUAAAGGGGCAAGUAUUUUUGCAUAGAAUGGUAUCACAACACAUUCAUUUAAUCUGUAUAGCCGGUCCUCACAGCCCAUGUUGUGGUAAGGGGAGACAAGGGAAAUUAAGGGUAUGCGUCCUUAUAUUAAUACCAGAUGUUCUCCUUAUUGCUCUAUAUCCUGAAUUGGCUGACUUUAAUCAGGGCUUGGAAAUGCGUGCUUUCUCUUUACAGUCCCUAGAGCAAAGGAGCUGCUAAUAUGACUUUUAUAGACUGUAGUUGUGUUGAUCUGUCUGAUCAUGCAUAUGUCGAUUUAUAAGUGAAUUCACAUGAUAGUUGGUUUGAGGUAAUGGGUCAUUUCAGUGAUUCACAUUGCAUUUUUUGUUCCAUUUUUGCACUUAAUAAAACUUUAUUUCCCCCUUUCUA